UUCACACCUCCACUGACGGAAGCGGAAACGGCGCUCCCUCCUUGGAAUAGUCCCGCUAGCUGGCUCCGGAAGCGGUAUUCCUUUACCUGUCUCGUUGGUCUCCUGUCAACAUGGCGUUGGCUGUCUUGCGGCUUCUGGAACCUUUUCCGACCGAGACGCCCCCGUUGGCAGUGCUGCUGCCGCCUGGGGGCCCGUGGCCGGCGGCGGGGCUGGGCAUGGUGCUGGCCCUGCGGCCUGCAGGGGAGAGUCCAGCAGGGCCAGCGCUGCUAGUGGCGGCUCUAGAUGGGCCGGGCGCGGGGACCGAGGAGCAAGGUCCCGGGCCCCCGGAGCUGCUGGUUAGCCGCGCGCUGCUGCGGCUCCUAGCUCUGGGUUCCGGUGCGCGGGUACGGGCGCGGCCAGUGCGGCGCCCCCCGGCGCUGGGCUGGGCGCUCCUUGGCACCUCGCCGGGGCCCGCGCUCGGACAGCGAGUCGGACAGCUGCUGGUGAGGCGCGGAGAGGCCCUGCCAGUGCCUGGACCGCGGGUCCUGGAGACGCGGCCGGCGUUGCAAGGGCUGCUGGGCCCAGGAACUCGGCUGGCUGUGACUGAGCUACGCGUGCGGACCAGACAGUGCUCGGAGAGUGGGGACCGCAGCCGGCCCCCACCUCCACCCAUGGUGUCCUCAUUUGCGGUUUCUGGCACAGUCCGGCGACUCCAAGGAGUUCUAGGAGGAACUGGAGAUUCACUGGGAGUGAGCCGGAGUUGUCUUCGUGGCCUCGGCCUCUUCCAGGGAGAAUGGGUAUGGGUGGCCCGGGCCGGGGAGCCAUCAAAUACUUCCCAGCCACACUUGGUCACAGUGCAGGUCCUAGAACCUCCCUGGGACCUCUCUGAGAGGCUGGGACCUGGCUCUGGGCAGCUAAGAGAGCACCUGGCUGACGGACUGGCGCUCGUGCCUGCCACAUUGGCUUUUAAUCUCGGCUGUGACCCUUUGGAAGUGGGAGAGCUCAACAUUCAGAGGUACUUGGAAGGCUCCAUUGCCCCUGAAGACAAAGGAAGCUGCUCACUGCUGCCUGGGCCUCCGUUUGCCAGAGAGUUACACAUUGAAAUUGUGUCUUCUCCCCACUACAGCACUAAUGGAAAUUAUGAUCAUGUUCUUUACCGGCACUUUCAGACACCCAGGUUAGUCCAGGAAGGGGAUGUUCUGUGUGUGCCAACAGUUGGGCAAGUAGAGCUCCUGGAAGGAAGUCCAGAGAAACUGCCCAGGUGGCGGAAUAUAUUUUUUAAAGUAAAGAAAACAGUUGGAGAAGCUCCAAGUGGACCAACUAGCGCCUAUUUGGCCGAUACCACGCAUACCUCUUUGUACAUGGUAGGUUCUUCCCUGAGCCCUGUUCCAAGGCUUCCUUCAGGAGAAUCCACUCUCUGGAACAGUUUGUCUCCUCCAGGCCUGGAGUCCUUGGUGACUGACCUCUGUGCUAUCCUAAAACCCCGCCUCCAGCCAGGGGGUGCCUUAUUGACAGGAACUAGCAGUGUCCUUCUCUGGGGCCCCCCGGGCAGUGGGAAAACCACAGUAGUUGAUGCUGCCUGUGGUCGCCUUGGGCUCCACUUAUUGAAGGUGCCCUGCUCCAGCCUCUGCGCAGACACUAGUGCAGCUGUGGAGGCAAAGCUGCAGUCCACCUUCUCCCGGGCCCGCCGCUGUCGGCCUGUGGUCCUAUUGCUGACAGCUGUGGACCUUCUAGGUCGGGACCGUGAUGGGCUGGGUGAGGAUGCCCGUGUAGUGGCCGCGCUGCGUCACCUCCUCCUCAGUGAAGACCCCCUUAGCAGCUGCCCUCCCCUGAUGGUUGUGGCCACCACAAGCCGGGCCCAGGACCUGCCUGCUGAUGUGCAGACAGCAUUUCUGCAUGAACUGGAGGUGCCUGUGCUGUCAGAGGGGCAGAGACUUAGCAUCCUGCGGGCCCUCACUGCCCACCUUCCCCUGGGCCAAGAGGUGAACCUGGCACAGCUGGCGCGGCGGUGUGCAGGCUUUGUGGUAGGGGAUCUCUAUGCCCUUCUCACCCACAGCAGCCGAGCCGCCUACACCAGGAUCAAGAACUCAGGUUUGGCAGGCAGCUUGAGCGAGGAAGAUGAGGGGGAGCUGUGUGCCGCUGGCUUUCCUCUCUUGGCUGAAGACUUUGGGCAAGCACUAGAGCAACUGCAGACAGCUCACUCCCAGGCUGUCGGAGCCCCCAAGAUCCCCUCAGUGUCCUGGCAUGAUGUGGGCGGGCUGCAGGAGGUGAAGAAAGAGAUUCUGGAGACCAUUCAGCUCCCUCUAGAGCACCCUGAGCUGCUGAGCCUGGGCUUGAGACGCUCAGGCCUUCUGCUCCAUGGGCCCCCUGGCACUGGCAAGACCCUCUUGGCCAAGGCAGUGGCCACUGAGUGCAGCCUUACCUUCCUCAGCGUGAAGGGGCCAGAGCUCAUCAACAUGUAUGUGGGCCAAAGUGAGGAGAAUGUGCGGGAAGUGUUUCACAGGGCCCGGGCUGCAGCUCCAUGCAUUAUCUUCUUUGAUGAACUGGAUUCUUUGGCCCCAAGCCGAGGGCGAAGUGGAGACUCUGGAGGUGUGAUGGACAGAGUGGUGUCUCAGCUCCUAGCUGAGCUGGAUGGGCUUCACAGCACUCAGGAUGUAUUUGUGAUUGGAGCCACCAACAGACCAGACCUCCUGGACCCUGCCCUCCUGCGGCCUGGCAGAUUUGAUAAGCUGGUGUUUGUGGGAGUGAGCGAGGACCGGGCCUCCCAGCUACGUAUUCUGAGCGCCAUCACACGCAAAUUUAAGCUAGAGCCCUCUGUGAGCCUGGCAAACGUGCUGGAUUGCUGCCCUUCCCAGAUGACAGGUGCAGACCUCUACUCUCUCUGCUCUGAUGCCAUGACAGCUGCUCUCAAACGCAGGGUUCAUGGUCUGGAGGAAGGGCUGGAGCCUGGGAGCUCAGCACUGCUACUUACCAUGGAGGACCUACUGCAGGCAGCUGCCCGGCUGCAGCCCUCAGUCAGCGAGCAGGAGCUGCUCCGGUACAAGCGCAUCCAGCGCAAGUUUGCUGCCUGCUAAGAGUCUCCUGAAGUCUGGGACCCUGCCCACAGUGCCUAAAGGUACCUAGCUAGCUUCACAUUGAGCCGUGAGAGGGAGGGGCUGCUGCCUACCCACCUGAAGGUACCUCCUCCCUCCGGGAGAGCCCCCAAGUGCAGAGUGAGUGGCAUUGAGACCCCAGCGAGAGCAUAAAGGCAUUGCCUGCCUUCUUGCCCCUUCUUCCAGGCUGGCUCUAAGAUUAAGACCCAUCUGUUCAGGGGAAGGGCAGCAGCCUAGGAUUCUGGGAAUUGGGCUGAGAAGGCCAGUUCUGUGGCUGAAAAUAAAGUGUUUGCCUCCCUCUGCUGGUGUUGUGGUAUGAAAGAUUGGAGUGGGGAGAACAGGGUUGUGGGAGGAGUAAGCCCUCAGGGAAGGCAGGGGUGGGCACUGUGAGCAGAAUCCUUCUGACAUAAACAUAAGGCAUGC